AGCUCCUUCUCACCCGAAAGAGGAGUUCAUCGUCCUUGGAUUCAUCUAUAGAUCAUUCCUUGGGAUUUCGCAACAGACUCGAACAUGGAACCGGUACAUGUAUCGACCUCCACGAAGGUCCUGUUCAAAAAAGUGCGCAAGAUUGUGCCUCCUCUGCUAGAGAAGUUCCACAAAGGCCAACAUGGACGCGUGGCUGUCAUUGGAGGCUCUCUAGACUACACAGGAGCUCCAUACUUCUCUUCAAUGGCAUCAGCUCGAUUAGGAUGUGACAUGAGCCAUGUCAUCUGUGAGAAAUCUGCAGCUACGGUUAUCAAGUCCUACUCCCCGAAUCUGAUGGUACAUCCAUUGCUUCCGAGCACCGACUCGGUUAGCAACCCUGGUAGCAUUGAUGCUCCCGCACUUGCCAGCCCUAUUGUUUCCAUGCUAUCUCGGCUGCAUGCGUUAGUAAUUGGUCCGGGCCUAGGCCGUGAUGGAGUGACUCUCAAAGUGGUCACCGAAGUUAUGAAAGAGGCGCGGUCCCGCUCGAUACCCUUUGUUCUAGACGCUGACGGUCUGCUUCUCGUGACGGAGGAUCCCGACCUGGUCAAAGGCUACAAGGACUGUAUCUUGACACCCAAUGUCAACGAAUUCAGUCGAUUGGCUAAGGCGUUGGGCGUUGAAGUUCCCAGUCAGGCGCAGAUUGCCCAGACUGAUGAAGGCGACAAGACCAACAAAGAAUCGCAGGCUUGCGAGCAACUUUCACAGGCUUUAGGCGGUGUGACAAUUAUCCAAAAAGGACCGCACGAUGUGAUUUCAAACGGUGUGACUACUCUGAUCUCGGACUUGAAAGGAGGCUUGAAGCGCAGUGGAGGACAAGGAGAUACACUCACAGGAUCUCUUGGUACACUGCUAGCUUGGAGGGCUGCUUACCAUAACAAAUUAUGGGACUCCGGCGAGCAGGAGAACCCGAAAGAAGCGCAGUCUAAGCAGGAUGUGUUGGCUGAGCUUGAGUCAGAGAACAAGAGAAUGUCCCCGGCGACAACCCUACUACUGGUUGCAUGGGCAGGCAGUGGCAUCACUCGGGAAUGUUCUCGACGGGCGUUCAAUGCCAAAGGUAGGAGCCUGCAGGCUAGCGAUCUUACCGACGAAGUUUAUGAAAGCUUCCUGGAAUUGAUUGGGGAACCAGAGGCUUCCAGGACCCAUCUGUAGGCUGUUCGCCAUCUGGGACUCGUGCAUAUCCAACCUGCAAGUGUCGCCGGUCAUGGAACCGAUAACUGGCCCAAGUUUUCUUCUUCGCGAUGAGAAGAUCCCUUGGGGGAUCAAAUGACCGAUAGUUUGCCACGAAGGCGGAUUUCAGUUGUUGAACCUCGAAUGAACUGAGCGUGAUACAUUGAUACAUAAAUCUACUCUCCUUCCUAUAAAUAGCCAAC